GAUCGAUUGCAUACGCAACUUCACGCUCUCUGCUCUGUCUCAGGUUCAAGAUGUGGAGAAGCAGAGACUUGAUCGUCCUCCUCUGCCUGAUCCCCUUCCUGCUCCUUUGUCAAGCUCCCACAGCUGCCAUGGCAGCAGACCCUUUCAGAGCAACCUGCGGCGGCGAGGCCUACAACUCGAGUAGCAGCUUUGGAAGAAGCCUAAGCGAACUCUUGUCCUCCCUCAAUUCUCUUUCUUCCACCUCUAACUCCGCCAACGCAACCGCCGGUGCCGGUAGCGACACCGUCUACGGCUUAUACAUGUGCCAAGGCGACCUCUCCGGCUCCAACUGCCAGAGCUGCCUCCAGACGGCCGUCGCCGGCGCCAACCAAAGCUGCCCAGGAGUUCGCCAAGCGAUCGUCUACUACGACCAGUGCCACCUCCGCUACUCCGACGCAAACUUCUUCGGCGUCGUCGACGCUGACGGAUUCAACAUGGCCAACCCCUUGGAGGUAACCAGUUCGCGGGUGGCGUUCAACGUAGUGUCCGAUUUGGUGCAGGCGGCGCCCCUGCGACGGCCAGUCAUGUUCGCCACCAACGUGUCGGACAUGUAUCCCCUGUUCGCCCUGGCUCAGUGCACGGCAGACCUGAGCCCCGACGGCUGCCGGAGGUGCUUGACGGCGAGUCUAGCGGCCAUCGAGAACUGUUGCAUCCAGAGGAAAGGGUGGAGGUAUCUCUCCCCGAGCUGCUGGAUAAGGUACGAGCCCACUCCGUUCUUCGGCAAUUACCCCAACAACUUGAGCACGUACAUCAUCCGGAGCCAGUGCUCGAACCUCGACAUCCAAUCCAACAGCCUCAGCGCUAGGACGGCCAAUUUAAGAGGCCUCUUUGACGACCUGAGUGCUCAAGCUCCGGCGACGGGCUUCUACAACGCUUCCGCCGGAGACGACGGCAAUAGGAUGUACGGCCUCGGGCUCUGCGCCGGGGACGUCGCCACGAGCGACGAGUGCGCUUCGUGCCUCGCAACAGCGGGGCGAGCCAUUGCGGAGGAGUGCCCCAACAAGACGGAGGGGUACAUGUGGUACGGCCAGUGCUUCUUGAAGUACUCGCAGCAGCGCUUCUUCGGUGAGCUAGACGCCGACGAGCACACCUUCUGCGGCGGCGCGGCGCCGGUGACCGCGGAGUUCGGUAAUGCGACAGAGGCGGGAGCGCGGAGCAUCGCGCAGGCCGCGUGGGGCAGCCCGUCGAUGUACUCCGCCGGCGAGGUGGUGGUGAACACGACGGCGAGGAGCUACGUGCUGGCGCAGUGCACGCGGGAUUUGACGGCCAACAUAUGCCAGAUUUGCUUGGGUGGCGGGAUCGGGAGGAUGACGGCGUCGUGCGGGGCGCAGAGCGGCGGUUGGCAGUACUUGACCGGCAGCUGCACCGUCCGCUACGAACAAUUCCGCUUCUUCAACGAUCCAUCCGCUUGGACCACGCAAGGAGGGAAAUCAUCAAGAGGUAAAGUCAUUGCCAUUGUUCUUCCAAUUGUGGGAGCUGUGCUAUUUGGAGUUGUUCUCUUGCUUUUGUUGAUUUUGAGGAGAAGAAGAGGAAAAAAAAGCUUCCAGGAAAGUGAAAAUUCUAAACUAAACUCUCUCAAGAGGCUGCAAGACAAAGACCUAACCCUCAUGGAUCUGGAUGUCAUACAAGCUGCUACGAAUAACUUCUCCGAUGAAAACAAGCUCGGAGAAGGUGGAUUUGGAGCCGUUUACAGGGGAGUACUAGUCGAUGGAAAAGAGAUAGCAGUGAAAAGGCUAUUGCAAAAGUCGAAUCAAGGUUCUUCUGAGUUCAAGAAUGAGGUGAAGCUUAUAGCAAAGCUUCAGCACAAGAAUCUUGUGAGGAUGUUGGGAUGUUGUGCUGAAGGGCAAGAGAAGUUACUAAUCUAUGAAUUCCUCCCCAAUAAAAGUCUUGAUGUCUUUCUAUUUGAUCCAAACCAGCGCACACAAUUGAGUUGGCAGAGAAGGUUUCUCAUAAUCUCAGGAAUCGCCAAAGGCCUUCUCUAUCUCCAUGAAGACUCACUCCUCAAGGUCAUCCACAGGGAUCUUAAAGCGAGCAACAUCUUGCUGGACAAAGACAUGAACCCGAAGAUAUCAGACUUUGGCAUGGCGAAGGUUUAUAGCACAGAGGAUAGUGAUGUAGACACAAAUCGGAUUGUUGGAACUUACGGAUAUAUGGCUCCCGAAUAUGCCAUGAGUGGAUUCUUCUCUGUAAAGUCGGAUGUGUUCAGCUAUGGAGUCCUUCUCUUGGAAAUUAUAAGCGGGGAAAGGAACGGUCGAGCAUACACAGAGAAACAUGGCCAUAACCUACUUACACAUGCAUGGAACCUAUGGAAUGAUGGCAAGGCAUUGGAGUUCAUCGAUUUGCUGCUUGAGAAACAAUAUGGGGCUGAUGAAGCAGUGAAAUGUAUCCAAAUAGCUCUACUAUGUGUUCAAGAAAGAAUGGAGGGAAGACCUACUAUGUCCGAAGUUGUUCUUAUGUUACGAAGUGAUCAUAUCGCGCUUCCUAGACCUGUACCACCUCCAAACUUUAUGAAUAGAAGGCAGUUUGAAUCUGAGUUGCCUUUUUCUAGCACGAUGAAUCCAACGACACUUAUGUCUAUCAACGAGGUUACCGACUCGUAUGUUGUUCCUAGAUAACAAACUGAAAGAAAGGUUGGUUAGGCAAUGUAUGCUUUAUGAAUUUCGUCCAAGAAGAAAAUUUAUGUAAAGUGUAUCUUGUUCCUUGAGCAAAGGCAUAAGCUUGUGUAUUUUUUUUAUCUUACAAA